AUGCCGGUGCCCAAGUCGACCGUCUUCUGGGGCUUCCUGGUCCUGUCCCUGGAGUUGUGCGCGGGCGAGCCGAGCGAGAAGGCGCCCACGGAGGGCGUCCCCCUGGCGACAGGAGCCGAGGACCAGAGCUGCCCGGUGUGCCUUUGGCGCAGGCACAGCAAAGAGAUGAGGCUGGAGAGCAUCAAGUCGCAGAUCCUCAGCAAGCUCCGGCUCAAAGAGGCGCCCAACAUCACCCGCGAGGUGGUCAACCAGCUGCUGCCCAAAGCCCCGCCGCUGCAGCAGAUCCUGGACUUGCACGACUUCCAGGGGGACUCCUUCCAGCACGACGACUACCUGGAGGAGGACGAGUACCACGCCACCACCGAGACUGUCAUCAGCAUGGCUCAAGAAACGGAUCCAGUGGUACAGAUCGAAGGCAAUCCACACUGUUGUUUCUUCAACUUCAGCCCCAAAAUUAUGUUCACCAAGGUAGUAAAGGCACAGCUCUGGGUGUACCUACGGCCUGUUCAACACACAUCCACAGUUUAUCUACAGAUCCUGCGUCUUAAGCCUGUGACAGAGGAUGGGAGCCGACACAUCCGUAUCCGCUCACUCAAGAUUGACCUGAAUUCACGCAUUGGCCACUGGCAGAGCAUUGAUUUCAAGCACGUGCUCCAGAACUGGUUCAAGCAGCCUCAGAACAACUGGGGUAUUGAGAUCAAUGCUUUUGAUCCCAAUGGCAAUGACCUGGCUGUGACUUCUCUUGGGCCUGGUGCUGAAGGCCUGCACCCAUUCAUGGAAUUGCGUGUGCUGGAGAACAACAAACGGUCCCGAAGGAAUCUAGGCUUAGACUGUGAUGAGCACUCAACUGAGUCCCGCUGCUGCCGUUACCCCCUGACUGUUGACUUUGAAGCCUUCGGCUGGGAUUGGAUAAUUGCCCCAAAGCGGUACAAAGCCAACUAUUGUUCAGGCCAGUGUGAAUAUAUGUUCAUGCAGAAAUAUCCCCAUACCCACUUGGUACAGCAAGCCAAUCCCCGGGGGUCAGCAGGGCCAUGCUGUACACCCACCAAGAUGUCUCCCAUCAACAUGCUGUAUUUCAAUGACAAACAGCAGAUAAUCUAUGGCAAAAUCCCUGGCAUGGUGGUUGACAGGUGUGGAUGCUCUUAA